UUCCCUCAUAUACCUAAAUAAUUUUCAAUAAAAAUCAGAGCGUGAAUACUUUCUUUUCUCCACUGAUUGGAAGCCAACCAUUUGGAAAAGCACUCAAGACAGAUAAGAUAAAUCUCUGGUUAAAAAUUACUUUUAUAUUUACGAGGAAAAUGAGAAGUUUUGUUCUUCUCUAUGAAUUUUGCUGAAGUUUGAGAGCUUUAUUGAAAAGUAUUGGCAUGCAGAGUCAUUUUCCAUUAAAAGAUGAAAGGGUAUCUGAAAUCUGUAUCUCUACGGUUUAAUCUGCAGUGAAACCAGGGCGAUUCCAAGCAGAAGAUUUUUGCUGGAUUCAAUUUUUGGGUAUGAAACAAACACAGACGCUCCUCCCCCAAGGGGCGGGGGCGGUGCCUCAGUGAUGCACCAAUCACAGCGCGCCCUGCCCUAUAUAAGGCCCUGAAGCCCCGCAGCGUUUUACGCUUCUUGUUGGGUGGUACCACCUACUUUCCUCUGUGAUAAUGGCCGAGACAGCUCCUGCUGCUCCAGCCGAUUCAGUUCCUGCUUCCGUGGAGAAACCUCCAGCUAAGAAACGGGGCAAGAAGCCGGUUGGCUUGACCGGUACAAAUCGGAAGGCUCCUAGCGCUUCAGUGUCCAAGUUGAUAACCGAGGCCCUUUCGGUUUCUCAGGAGAGAGCUGGCAUGUCCCUGGCAGCGUUGAAGAAGGCCUUGGCAGCCGCUGGCUACGAUGUGGAGAAGAACAAUAGCCGUAUAAAGCUGGGUCUCAAGAGUCUGGUGGGCAAGGGGAUCCUGGUGCAGACCAGGGGCACCGGUGCAUCAGGCUCUUUCAAACUCAGCAAGAAAGCCGCUCCUGAGCCCAGAAAGGGCAAGGUCAAAAAGCCAGCUUCUGCGAAGACCAAGAAGCUGGUCUUAUCCAGAGACUCCAAGUCUCCAAAGAGCGCCAAGGCUAAUAAGAGAGCCAAGAAGUCGAGAACAACCGCCGCUCAGAAAGCUGCUAGGAGCGGCCGGAAGACCAAAGACGCCAAGGUGAAACAACAACGGAAAAGCCCAGCGAAGGCCAGAGUAGCGAAGCCCAAGGCUGGGAAUCCUAAAUUAACCCAGCAGAAAACUAAUCCUAGGAAAGCAACAAACAGGAAGUAAAAUUUCUGAGGCCAAUUUUCGUAGAACCCAAAGGCUCUUUUAAGAGCCACACAAAUGAUCUUAAGAGGGUGUAACACUGGAAGUUUCCGUCAGUCUGCAAGAAAGUCUGGUCAGCCAAGUCACUUGCUAGGCGAAUUCGUUGAUGUGAGAUAAUCUCUUGUUAGACACAGUUUCUGAAGAGCUUUAAAUUCUUUGCUAUGCAGAUAGCCCACAUCCAGGAAGGUUGUACAUCUUAAAAUAGGGCAGGCUUCUUGUGAGUUCCUAAAUACUUCGAAAGAAAAUGCUGUACUAGAUUUUAAAUCUAGAAAGACGUGGAGGUCAGCUCUGUGCCUAACUAGUUUUUUUUUCUCUUCAAAUUGUGCUACUCGUGUAUGUACCUGAAUGGGUCAUUCUAGAUAAAAGUAAAAUUUCCGAAUUCCCU